AUGGUGGAAGAUAAGGACAAUAAAAAGCUGAUAAUAUUGAAGCGGAUUGUCAUCAAUGAUACUCAAGACGAGGACACACCACGCGAAACAAAGGAAGACUUUGAAGGAAAGCUAGACCGUCUGACAAAACUGGAAAAUGCAGCUUUGCUGAUCCAAAGGAAUGCUCGGUCACGAAUUCCUGCAUUAGCUCUUGCUUCGUUAGGCAGCAGCCGGAGAAAAGUUGGGUUUGGCGAUGAUGUAGAUAUUUGGAAUAUUGAUGAAGAAAGCACCUCAGACGGCAGCAGUAAUGAUAUGACAGUGCACGAGAAAGAAGAAGAAGGGAACAGCAGCAUGUUUACGCUUCUUUUUGUUGCCUGUGGGUCGAUCAUUAUGAUGCUCUAUUCCUACAUGGGAUGUUGCAUGAAAUCUUGCUUUGGAAACAACUUCGAAGAUGAUGAAAGGGAUGGUUACAUGAUGGAUGCUGCCGAUUUAACGGAAGUAUCAAUGAAUCAGACGCAAAAUGCAACAACUUCACAGGCGGCGGCUCAGGCAGUCACCCCUGGCGGUGCUGGAGGAUCGGGUGCUGAGUCUGCAGCAGCCAACUCAGCUGCUGCGUCUGUUGCUAGUGGGGUUAGUUCUGGUAUUGCAGCUGGGGCUGUGGCAGCCAGUGCAGCUGGAAUGAUGGGGGGAACAGUGGUUGCAGCGACUACCACUACCAAGAUUGUGACUGUUGCAGUAGUAACAGCAGCGGCCUAUUCAACAUAUCAAGGGGUGGAGUUAUUGACACCACCGGAAGCUCAAAUACCUCUAGCGUUCUCCUCACGAUGUGGGAUUGAAAAUCCAGAAUCAAGAUCGGGUGACUUUACCUUGUUCUUUGAUGGGCUUGCAAGAGGGAUUACGGAACGAGAGGUUGCUUUGUUUGAAGGCCUUGUGGUCGGUGCUUACAACAAUCUCACCUUUGGGAGUGAAUUUGAUGAAUCCACAGAAACCUACAGAUGUGUCGAUGAAUACCUUCGAGAAAUGAAGGAAUCUAACAUGAUUGAUCAGAUCUAUCAAGAAGAGCAAGGGAACCAAUCAUCAGUGCUACAAAUCAAUAUGGAAUCCACGAUAAUAUGUGAAGGCUGUCCUGCGGAGCUUCCGAUUUUUGGGACCGUGGAGGAAACAGCACCACUCCCAAUCGAACGCUAUUUGAGACGAAUGUCCACCACUGGAGAAAUCUUUGAUAUUUCUUUCAUUGAACAAUACUUGCGAACAAUCAUUGAAUCACUCUUUGAGCUCAUGAAUGAAGGAGAGUUGCCAACAAACUUUUCUCCUUCCAAAAUCUACUUUCGUGGAUUUUCAAGAGGCAACCAGACGGAUGGUUCAGAGAAUCUUAUCUUUGACGAACAGGCGAUCGAGGUGGACAUUCCGAUUGGAGUCUAUGACGACAAAAUCAGCGGUGCCAUUAUUCCUGUCUUCCCCACCGCAUCUACCAAUCAAAAUAAUGGUAUUGAUUUCCAUGAAGGAAAUUUUAGCAUGUCCUUGACUGGAGUCAGUCUCUCGCGGCCCUUCACUCCCGAAGAGAGUAUCAUGCUGGAGAAGUUGUUUGUGGAAGCCUACAAUGAGGUGACUGCUGAAGCCGGUGCUGAGGGAGGAGAAGCAUCCUUCUCGCAGCUUCGUGAAAUGGCACGUGCUUCCCUGAUAGGACAACAGCUGAUUACCGGCGACGAUGGCCUGCCAGCCCUCGAGCUAACGUUCAAGGGAUUCGUAACUUGUGAGGGCUGCCCAGCAGACCAAUCACUAUUUGGAGAUAUCAAUGGUGAAGGGCUCGACCUAGAGUUGAUCCAAAAAGUACUCCAAAGAGUCAUUGUAGAUGUGGUCAAAGCAAUUGAAGACGACGACCUUCCUGCCGAGUUCUUGCCCGCGGAGCUGUCUGUCGAAGAUGACGCUACCGACUUGGACUUGGUGAAUGUUCCCAUCUUCACUGAGGUUGGAGAAAAUGGUACUAUCAAGGUAGACAUGCCAGAUUUAGGAUUGGCACCACAGCAAUUUGAAGACGAGUUCUUCAUUUCAUUUCGUGGAUUUGAUCGAAUCUUUGAUAGCGACGAAGGAAAGAUUGUCGAGGAAUUGCUAAUAGAAGCAUACAAUUCGUUUACGCUUGGAUCGAAUUCCACCAAUUCCACCAAUACCUACUCGCGGAAAAUGGUGGAUGCGGUGCUCAAGGACCAAAUUCUCACAAACGGGACUUCCGAAGACGGCGACGUGUCGACGCUUGACAUGAUUCUGGAUGUGACUGUCCUUUGUGAUGAUUGCACAAGCGACGAACCUGUAUUUGGACUUCCAGGGGCCCAAGGACUCCUUGAUUGGACUUUCAUUGAAGGGGUCAUGAUUAAUGUCAUUACUUCGAUGAUGCAGAAGAUCCAGGAGAAGGAAUUGUCAGACAGCUUUGUUCCUGACGAGAUUACCACACAUACCGACGAUACUCAAGACUUUUUUGUGAGCAUUCCCAUGGAAUCUUAUUUCGAUCCGGAAACUGGAACAUGGGUCUUCGAGCUUUUACCAACAAUUGUCGAACUUCCAAGUUUGGCACCUUCAUCAAGUCCAUCUCCAUUGCCACCACAGCAAUUUGAAGACGAGUUCUUCAUUUCAUUUCGUGGAUUUGAUCGAAUCUUUGAUAGCGACGAAGGAAAGAUUGUCGAGGAAUUGCUAAUAGAAGCAUACAAUUCGUUUACGCUUGGAUCGAAUUCCACCAAUUCCACCAAUACCUACUCGCGGAAAAUGGUGGAUGCGGUGCUCAAGGACCAAAUUCUCACAAACGGGACUUCCGAAGACGGCGACGUGUCGACGCUUGACAUGAUUCUGGAUGUGACUGUCCUUUGUGAUGAUUGCACAAGCGACGAACCUGUAUUUGGACUUCCAGGGGCCCAAGGACUCCUUGAUUGGACUUUCAUUGAAGGGGUCAUGAUUAAUGUCAUUACUUCGAUGAUGCAGAAGAUCCAGGAGAAGGAAUUGUCAGACAGCUUUGUUCCUGACGAGAUUACCACACAUACCGACGAUACUCAAGACUUUUUUGUGAGCAUUCCCAUGGAAUCUUAUUUCGAUCCGGAAACUGGAACAUGGGUCUUCGAGCUUUUACCAACAAUCGUCGAACUUGCAAGUAUGGCACCUUCACUAAGUCCAUCUCCCAGCAGUAUGCCAUCCGAAGCUCCAAGCGGAGUGCCAUCAAAUUUUCCAAGUUUCAGUACAACUACCGCUGUCACCACUGAACCAAGUGAUGCACCAAGUUCCGCGCCAUCAUUGAGUCUCGUACCAACACAACAGCCAACGAAGCGAGCAUCUAGAAUGCCGACUCCGGCUCCAAGUAUCGCGGGUAGUGGAGCUCCUUCCUCUACACCAAGCAGCAGUCCAAGCUCUUCACCAACUUCCAGACCAUCUGCAACACCCUCGAUAGUUUUCAGCGGACAACCAACUUUCACACCAAGUUCGAGGCCAUCGCGAGUUCCAUCCACUAUGCCCUCGAAGUCUCCAAGUGCAUCUCCUUCCAUGAUGCCCUCGACUGUGCCAUCCAUAUAUCCCACUGUAUUGGAAAGCGUAUCUCCAAGUGCCAGUCCAUCGACAUCGCCGCCUACUGAUGGUCCGACCAAUGGGCCAACACCGGCAACACCCGAGCCCACGAAAUCACCAACAUCUGGUCCAACCAACGGGCCAACGCCAGCAACACCCGCACCAACAUCCGGCCCAACUGACGUGCCAACGCCCGGAACACCCGCACCUACAGAUGGCCCAACCAAUGGGCCAACACCAGCAACACCUUCCCCGACGAGAUCACCAACAUCCGGCCCAACAAGUGGUCCAACCUUUAUGCCUACCACAAAAUCUCCAACAUCCGGGCCUACCUCCGGACCUACAAAGACACCAACCUCAGGACCAACUCGCUUUCCUACCAGCUCCCCAACUUCUCCGCCCACUAUUGGCCCUACGGGAACGCCAAAAUAUUGGAUGACCUGUGGUAAUGCCUUUACGUUGGCCCCCUGUACAGGUAUCACAGCUCAGUUUGUGGACCCUUUAGCCAUCGGCAUGGACGAUGGUACGGGAUUCGUGAUGGAGACUGGUGUCCGUUGUUGCGCCGAUUCCCCUCCUGCCAACAACUGGAGAAUAUCCAGAAACUCGGUGUGGGCCAAUGACGGCGAUGCUGCUACCAACUGCCCAUAUGCCAUUUCUCCUGGUUCCUGCAGCAAAGCACAGAACUUUUUCCAGGCGGAAGCAAUCUGUGCUGCGGCUGGUGGACGAUUGUGUUCGAGAGCGGAGACGGAGGCUGGUUGCGCAGGGGGUGCGGGUUGUAAUUUCGAUACUUAUCCUAUAUGGACCAGUGAUUCCAAUAUCGGCCAAUAA